GUCCCUGCGACCAGUGCUUCGUCUAAGGACAAUAUGAGGACCAUCGUGGCAUCCUUACCGCCCUCUGAAGGACAAAUGGCUCAGGUGAAAUAGGCCAAAGCUACGCUUCUGUCCUCUUAGCGACACAAUGCCCGACAUCGCAUGUCCUUUGCUUGCCUGUUCGAUGCCUUGGCCCUCGGGGGUGAUAUGCUUGCUGUAGACAGCUUCGUUAGCGAAACUUCAUCUGAUGACGCUCCCUCUGGCACAGACACUGUGACAAUCACUGCAGAAGACAAACAAGAAUCGGGGAAAGACCCAGUCGAGGACUUGCCUUCCCCCCGAGAACGUUGUGAAUGUCACCAUUGCGUCCCGUCUUGACCCUAUCAUUCUCGAGGAAAAAUGCAGAUCUGGGCUCAAGACACCGCCGCGCAGGGAAACCGCAAGGGACGUGCGGUGGAGAAUGCCUUGGCGGACUUGAAUGCGGCUGCUGCUCCUGAUGCGAUGGACCUCGCUGUCGCUCUGGCAGACGUUCGUGGUCGAAACUAUCAUCUCAGUAAUUCGAACUUCAACGCGGGCGAGAUUUUUCGUUGAGCCCAGCGUGGUUUCAUGAGCCCCUUCGUGGUCAAAGGCUCGGGCCCUACAGCUGACGGUACUGUCCUCAGUUUCAUUUUCCUGCAUCACAUGCUCGAUGUAUUUACAUUCACGUCAUUGCCUCCUCGAGCUUGCUGAGUCACCGUCCCGCUCUUGCGUGGGGGUGUGGCGUGUUGUGAAUCUCACGGUUCCUGCUUACCGGUCACUUACGACAAGUGUUUGAGGAGCACAACUGUCGCUUUGACCUUCACAUUGAAGCGCUACGCCAUCAGCUCCAAGGGUUCGGAUUCCUCUGCCGGCACGGACUUAUAUGUUGCAGAUGUCGUCAACAUCCGCGUUCUGAAGGCUCCUGCUCCUCGCAUUCUGGAGGCGUAUGCGAGGAAGAGGUUGCUUAAGAAGGAUGACGAUUCAUUUGUUCCAAGGAAGGUGGCGCGUAUGGCGUAGGUUGGGCGUAAGAGAUGAGGCUGGUCACGGUGUUGUCAGAUCGCGCAUUGAGCGUGAGUAGUACUAAAAAUAUAUUUAUCAUUUCUCACCUUGUUUCCUCUCGUUCAAUAUUUUACCG